AUGGAGGACCAAACGCCGAAUGGCGUAGUGGACUCAAUCAGUGACUACGUCGCACGCCACUCCGAGCCUGCUCACCUUCAGACCAAGAUAUUUCUGCCAUAUGACAAAUUCGAAGAGCUGGUGACGGAGGAGAUGGUACGUUCAGCUUUCCGGGAGGCAGAGAUCCCCGAAAUUAAGAUAAGCGAGCUUAUGAAGUAUAUUUUCAACACUGGGGCUCGUCGGUGGUUUUUCAUCAUGUGUCUUACCUUCGAGGGAGUCAUGCACAACGUUGCUACUUUCCUAGAAAACUUACAGACGAAUGAAAUUACGGACAAAGCGCUGCCACUUGGGUUCAAGCGUGUCAAAGGCUGGAGGUACCACGGUUAUAGUAUCGAAAGCCCUGAUUCAGCUAGACUUCCUGACCACGAUUCGCCAAUUUUUCAGAACUUUCAUUUUUCUGAAAAUCAGUACAUCGUCUUCGAGGGUCAUCAGAAGAAAGUCACUGCACCCGUGUUUGUUCCCGGUCAGUUCCAGUAUUAUUUCUCUCAUAUACGAAGCUUGCCAUACAUGACAGUUGAUUCGCGGCCUACGAGCGGUGGAUUCUUUGGCGAAGUCUCGAAAGUUCAGAUUCACAUAGCACACAUACCAGCCAUGGCAAAGUCAGUCAGACCUGGAAAUAACUAUAUCGAUGUCGCCAUUAAAAAGGCGAAGGUUUUUGAGCAGGUUGCCGAGUAUUUUGACAAGGAGGUCGAGAAUCUCAAGAAGUUGCGAAGGAGCGAGAACCUACCGCAUCUCAUCAAAGCUAUCGCUGCAUAUCAGAUUGGCCAAGAGAGGUGCUUAAUGUUCCCAUGGGCAGAAGGCGGUAAUCUCAGCGAGUAUUGGAAGAACUCUGAAUCGCAUCGCAAGCAUUACCAAGGGCUAAUAUGGAUCAUCGACCAGUUUGUGGGCAUCUGCUCCGUGUUUCACAAGCUUCAUGAACGCAACGGCCGGCAUGGUGACCUCAAGCCCGAGAACAUUCUUUGGUUUAAAGACGAAGAAGGCUACGGGACAUUGAGGGUUGCGGACUGGGGUCUUUCUACAUUCCAUGAGGAAGGAGACAACACUAAGAUGAGAAAUGACCAGGGCAAAAUGACUCGCACUCCACCGGGCACAGAUAGAUACACACCACCAGAAGCACUACCAGAGAACGACCUCAAGGCUCGAUCCAGACUAUAUGAUGUCUGGUCCAUUGGCUGUAUCGUGGUUGAACUGCUCGUAUGGCUCGUUGAAGGUUUCGACUCUGUCGAGUCGCUCCGAAAAAAAACCACACACUUUUGGGAUGAAGAACAAAAUGUUCGUUUCAUUCAUCAUCAAGUAAACUCGUUGCUGGAUAACUUUGACUCAAGGCUGAAGAAACUCGGGAAGAAAGACACGGCUUACGGAGACCUUUUGAAGCUUGUGCGAGAAGACCUACUGGUUAUGCAAGUGCCUGAGUCGUGGGAAUCCCCGGUCGAUGCCAGCCAGCGGAUGAGAACAAAUACCGAACACGCUCAUGUUAGAAUGAAAGCGAUUCGGAAAAAGUGCAGACGCGAAUAUUACCUCUUUCCACUAGAAUUUCAACCGCCUUUACUUGGACGGUCUGACGUUGUGAAGAAAGAUGGAUUGUUGGCAACAUCAGACAACGCCCGAGCAGCGUCCACGUCGAGCGGCACUUCGGGUCAGGUAACCAACGGGGGCAAUUAUUCGGAGGGCGAAUCUAUAGCGGUGCCCACAAACUGGAAUCAUCAGAGCAUCAACGCACAGAAUUCCACAAUGUCAGAUACCCAGGCUUAUGUUAGCACACCAAUGCCCCAUCCAUAA